GCUAAGAAGAUGAAGUCAUCCGACAGACCCAGCAGGAACCUGCAAGAUGUCCCUCCUCACGCCUCACUGGAGGAGAUCAAACAGAGGAAAGUGCUCGACCUCAGAAGAUGCUUUAGAGCCAGCUCAAUGCCCUUUUUUGUCCCCUGGGGUCAGGAUUUCCUAAAGAAGGGCACUGAAGGAGCUCUGAUGAAACUGACACAAGGCCUGAAGGACGAGUCCAUGGCCUACAUUUACCACUGUCAGAACCACUACUUUUGCCCCGUGGGGUUCGAAGCCACGCCGCUCAAAGCAGCAAAGGCGUACAGGGGCGCUCUUCCCACUAACGAAAUGGAAUACUGGAUCUUAAUCGGGGAACCCAGCAGAAAACAUCCGGCUAUUCAUUGUAAAAAGUGGCUGGAUAUCGUGACUGACCUCAACACCCAAAAUCCAGAAUACCUGGACAUUCGCCACACAGAGAGGGGGAUUCAGCGCCGCAAAACCAAAAAGGUAGGUGGAAACCUGCACUGCAUCAUGGCUUUCCAGAGGGUCAACUGGCAGAAGCUUGGCCCCUGGGCGCUGAAUUUGGAAAACCUGCGACACGACUUUCACCAAUCUGCCACGGAAAGGGCCCACGCGAGCGACGACAGCGAAGAGAGGACGUCAGCCAAGCGGAUGGCCCAGCUGGGACGCUCGCACAGCAUGGGAAGCCAGAAAGACACCAGCUGGAAACGCCAGUCCAACAGCACAGAGUACAGACAGCGCAGCUCGCCCGACAGCGACCUCGAAGAAGACAUCACAGACUGAAAGGUUCUUAGGGAUGAGCAGGAUGAGGACUGAGUAUCUAAACAGUAGUGAAGUUAGGAAGUUAAAGAAUAGGUCUGGAG